CCGGCUGCACGCCCCUCGACCCAACCAACCCUAAUGGCGCUCUCGCUCGCGCGCAGCCCCCACCCCGCCGCGGCGCUCCCGGCCCCGCGGGUUUCCCAGUUUGCCCCUCCUCUGGCCCCGCUCCGCUCCCCUCGCCGCCAGCACCGGGCGCGCCUCCGCCUCCGCUUCCCGGGCACCGCCGCCGCCGUCGCCGUCGCGGCCUCGUCGCAGGCGGCCCCCGCGGCGGCGGAUGAGGAGCAGGGGGAGAAGCGGCGGAAGCUGUACGUGGCCAACCUGCCCUGGUCCCUGCCCGCGCCGGAGGUCGAGAAGCUCUUCGCGCAGUGCGGCACCGUCAAGGACGUCGAGCUGAUCAAGGGGAAGGAUGGGAGGAACAGGGGGUUCGCGUUCGUGACGAUGUCGACGGCGGAGGAGGCGGCCGCGGCCGUGGAGAAGCUGAACUCGCAUGAUGUAAUGGGGCGUUCAAUCAAGGUGGAGUUUUCAAAGAGCUUCAGGAAACCCGCUCCACCUCCUCCUCCGGGCACCAUUAUAGAGAGGCACAAGCUUUAUGUGUCCAAUCUUCCAUGGAAAGCGAGAGCUCCUGAUGUCAAGGAAUUCUUCUCAAAUUUUAACCCGCUUUCUGCUAACAUUAUCUUCGAUAAUGGAAAAGCAGCUGGCUACGGUUUUGUUUCCUUUGGGACAAAACAAGAAGCAGAGGCUGCUCUCAGUGAGCUUGAUGGAAAGGAACUCAUGGGAAGACCUGUUAUUUUGAAAUGGAAGGAAAGUGGCGAUGAUAAGGAUGAGGUUGUAAAAGCUGGUUCUAAUGAAUAGUAGGUGGGCCCCCCUACCGUUAAAAAAAAGGUUUUAAAAGCUGACGGUGAAGUUGAAACAGUAAAUACUGAAGGAGCAAGUGUGGAUGAUGCCAGCGAUGAUGGAGGUGAAGAUAAACAGGAAUAGUCAAAAACACUAUACUGUCCUACAGGAAGAAAGUUUCUUCUGCCAUAUUGAUAUAAGCACAGAUAUGGAGCCUUGUUGUACAGCUAGAAGUUUUUUCCCCAUACUUCUUGGUGUGUGAGUGCAUCACCAUUGUGCCUUUAAUUGCACUUAUCACUCAUGGUUGGUACUUGAAUUAAUUUGUUUCUGUCGAAAAUUUAAUUCCAAGACAAUCAUCAUAAAACUUCUCAUUAAUGGUAUGCAUUGAGAAAUCUUCGAUGUGCUGUA